AUGUCAUUUGCUGAGAAUUUUUGGACCCAGGAUUAUAACCUGGGGUUUCAAAUUCUAUUUGGACAACUUUUCGAAGGCAUACACGAAAAUGACGACUUUAUAAACUUAUUCAGAAAAAGAAUGGAGCUGGAGAUGUUGUAUGGAACCUCUCUCAAGUCCAUAUCAACAAACGCAAAGCCAAGUAGUAAACGUCAAGCCAACGACGAUUACGCGUCAACAAUCAAAAAUGCAUACUCGGAAUUACACGACAAUUUCAACAAACAAGGUCAAUACCAUUUGGAUAUUGCUGAGAACAUAGAAACAAUGGUUCUUGUUCCGUUUGAAAAAUGGUGCAACGAACACGAACAACGGAUUGGAUACUCCACCUCGACUAUCAAUGCAAAAUACAAGUCGCUAAAGUCUAUGCAAAGUCAAGUGGAUAAAUUGCAAAACAGGUACUUUAACAAGUGCAGAAUUUUGGAAGAGUUCAAAAGCCAUUAUUCUGAAAAGGAGUUGAACGAGGAGAUGAGUGAUUCUGAGUUUUAUAGGAAAAUUUCCGGGUCAAAAGCAGUUGAGUCUACUGAUGACGACGGAGAAGAAGAAGAAGAAGAGGAAGAAAAUGGUGCAGACACAAGUUUUGAGUUUACUCACACUGAGUUCAAUGCCAAACAAAUGGAAACUCUUUUGAAACAAAUGUUAAUUGGUAUACCUCGAACAGAUCAUAAAGUUCCUAUUCUAGGUACCUACCAAGACGUAUCUACUGGAAGUUCCAUCACACAAUGGGUUCUCGACAAUGUUCCUGAAAUCGAAAAGAACUUGGAGAAAGCGGAGAGGUUUGGUCAAGAUUUGAUAAAGAAUGAAUUUAUCAGAGUUGUUGGAUCCAUGGGCAAAUCAUUUAUCAAUUCUUCUCAAUUUUUCUAUCAGUGGAAACAAAAGGCUUUCGAUGUUGCCCAAAUCAUCCCAAGUAACAACGAUGGUGCUAACAACGGUUUCGCCAAAGGGUUUGGCACAUUCAAUUUUGAUGAUGUUAAAGAAGCAAUUGGUGUAAGUGGUGUUGACUAUACCGACAAAACUCAAUACCCUAAAUUGCUCAAAGAGGUCAAGUCUUUGGAUGCUAGGUACUUUGAAAAAGUUAAAGAGCUUGAUGUGUUGAGAUGCGAGUUUGAAGAACUUGUUAUGGACCACUUAACUUUCAUGCAAAAGUGUGAAUUGGAUCGAUUGAAAGCUAUCAAGAAAGUUUCUUUUGAUUUUAUAGCUAGUUUCGCAAACAGGGUAAAGCAGUUGCAAAUGGUUACGGAUGAGUUGGUAUUGUUGGAAGAAACAAUCAAUCCAGUUAGCGACUUGAAGUUUUUGAUUGAAAAUUAUGCUACAGGCUAUUUCAAACCUCAUGUGACAUUGUACGAUAAUUAUUAUGACUCAAAUCUAAGACAAACCUUUGGUGUUGACUUGAGUGUCAAGUCUAGACUUGACAAAAAAGUGGUUCCUAUUAUUGUUCAAUGUAUCUUGAGCCACUUGGACCACACAUAUCCCGAUUUGAAGAACGACGAGGAAAGGAUCAAUCUUUGGACCCAGCCAGUGCAUUUGUCGAAUGUUCACAAAUUGAGAUCACAACUCAAUGACUUGUCUGAUCCAAAUAAAAUUUCCGAGAUCUUGGGCCAAAGUAAUCCUGUUGUAAUCACCAAUGUGUUGAAAUUGUACUUGAUGGAAUUACCAGACUCAUUGAUACCGCAUAAUUACUACGAUGUAAUCAAGUUGUUGUAUCACAACUAUCACGACCAAUCGCAAAAAGAUGCACGUAUCAAUGGUCUUCAAAACGUUUUAUCAGAGCUUCCUAAAUGCAACAUAGCUACCCUCGACGCUUUGUUGACUCAUCUCAAACGGUUAGUGCAAAUAAUUGGAGCUAAAGAUAAGGAGGCCUCCAAGAAUCUACAAAAUGCCCUCUGCUUAGAGUUUGGCAAGUUGUUAUUACGUCCAAAGACAAGUACACAUUUCGAUCUUUCGAAAAGCAGCUUCAACGACAAACAUCCUGUCAAUACCAUGCAGGAUCUACUUAAAAACAAGGAAACGAUCUUCAAUGAACUUAGGAGAAACAGCUCAAAAGCUAAAUCGCACAGCGCUGCUAGCAGUCCUAAUGUAAGCCGUACUGGAUCCACCAAAUCUCGUCAAGAUCCACCUCUUGCUCCAAGUGAAUCAUUAGCAGCAAGAUCCAAAUCUCGUUUGGAAUCAAGGUUGAAGAAAGCUGUGAAACAUAGGGAAAACAGUUUGUCUAGUGAGAAACCAGAGAAAGCACACGAAACACAAGCACCAUCUCAACAAAAUGAUACACAAGCAACAUCUCAGCAAAAUGCUUUUGACGAUGCAGCACGGUCUGACCAAAGUAGCAAAUCCGAAUCGAGAUCUCGUUCAAGUACUCCCCCACCUACACCUGCCAAGUCGCCAAUGUCUUUGAAACGUUCAGUUUCACCAAAGAAGAAGAGAUUAUCGUCGAUGUUAUUGGAUGAUGCCGUAGAUGCAACUCCAAAGACGCCAUCCAAGAGUAAAAGCCAACUGGGUGAUGAACCUGAUCUGUACACGCCAUCAAAGUCGGGCUCCAAUGGAAGCUCUACAGUAAAUAGCAAAUGA